UAUCAAACGCAGCCGUCAUGUAGUACGAAAUUUUCUUUAUCCUUGGAGAAUAUUAAGGGGGAAGCGUUUUACAUCAACAGGAAGGUGCUUCAACCGGCAAAAGAGGAGGAAAGAGGUCAGGUAGGGAAGGAGAGCUACAAUGGAAAAACAACACAGCUUUUCAACGAUCGAUGCUCGAGGUGCAAUGCUACAAGGAUUAGAGUUUGAUGAUGCCAUUAGUGACAGUAUCCCUGAUUGGGAGGAUGAGAUGGAAGACAAGAACCUAUCACAUGAUGGAAUUCAGCUGUAUGAGUCCCAUAUCCCCACAUCUGUGAUGCAGAAGGUGCUACUGACAACUGGAUCUGCUCUGAUGGCAUUGUACAAUCCAGAAAGAGCAGAUAUGGUGGCAACACUAGGAGAGACAACCGGAUUCUUGGCACUUAAAAACAUGCACAAAAAAAUGCAAGCAGAUCCGAUUGGACAACAGAUACUACAAGAAUGUCCUCGCAUAAACUCAUCCACAAUAGACAUGAAUAAACUCCGACAACUUCCUGAUGGAUCGUUUGGAAGAGAAUAUGCCAGAAAUAUGGACACUAAUAAAAUUACAGCUGACAGUAGAGAUGAGGUGAAGUUUGUUGAUGAUAAAGAUCUUGCCUAUGUAAUGCAAAGAUAUAGAGAGGUUCAUGACUUUGUUCACACACUGGCUGGCUUGUCCAUAAGUGUAUCACAUGAAAUAGCUGUGAAGUGGUACGAGAUGAUUCAAACAGGCCUCCCAAUGUGUGCCCUCAGCUCAGUUGUGGCACCAAUUCGACUGACAGCAAGAAAGCGAAGAGAACUAAGGAAGUACUACAUUCCCUGGGCUGUUUACUGUGGAUAUCAAUCCAAUUUCUUUAUGAAUUUUUAUUUUGAAAAACACUUUGAGGAGCCCAUAGAUGAUCUGCGACAAAGAAUGAACUUUGUUCCUGCUCCCAAAAUACAUAGGAAACCUGUGAAACAAUAACGAAACAGAGUUAUGCUUCUAGUGUGACUACUGCCGGAAUGAGCGAAACCUGGAAAACAAUUCCACAAUGUAACACAUGACGAGGACACGACUCCCUGUGAAUUCUCCGUGUCUGCGUGAUCAAUUCGAAGCGUCAAAUUCCCCUCCCCUGGGCAACCCCCCCGGGCAUGUGAAAUUUUGAAGAUUGGUACGUACAAAUUCCCGCCUCCAGGGGCCAAAAUUUUGUUCAAAUGCAGGAUUUGACGGUCAAUAUUUAUGUGAAAGGCAAGAUUAGCGACCGUGACUUUCUUUUACACCUUUUCUUCUGAGCCACCUGCUCGGGAAAGUGAACUUUUUACCUCUAAACACCCACAGAUCAAACAAUAAAACAUGUUCAUUCUCGUGGAAAGAUUCUUCAGUUCUGGUUCGAUUACCCCACCCCACCAAGGAAAGGUUCAAAUUCUCCACCUCCCCGGGCACGGACGAUAGUCAAAUGUCUGUGGGUUGCAGGUGGGGGAUGUGGAAGCUUCGAAUUAAUUGGCACGUGACAGUCGUAACAAUGUGUUAACUUUGUUUAAACCGUACGAUACGUCAUACAGAAUAGGAAGCACCGAAAAUUGCAAAUUAAAAUAACAUUGUAAUUGGUUAAAAAUAAGACUGAUGACACAGUUCACGCCA